CUCCCCUUCUUGGUGCUUCGGGGUCGCCUUCCUCCUCAGACAAGAUGUCUUAUCAGAAAAAGCAGCCCACCCCUCAGCCCCCAGUGAGCUGUGUGAAGACCUCCGGCGGCGGCGGCGGCGGCGGCGGCUUCUAUAGCGGCGGCGGCGGCGGAUCGGGCUGCGGCGGGGGCUCUGGAGGGAGCGUCAAGUACUCCGGCGGCGGCGGCGGCGGCGGCGGCUGCGGCGGGGGCUCCUCAGGCGGCGGCUACUCCGGCGGCGGCGGUGGCUGCGGCGGGGGCUCCUCCGGCGGCGGCUACUCCGGGGUCAGCUCUGGAAGCUGUGGAGGGAGUUCCGGGGGGGGCGUCAAGUACUAUGGGGGCGGCGGCGGCUCCAGCUGUGGCGGGGUCUCCUCCGGCGGCGGCUACUCUGGGGUCAGCUCUGGAAGCUGUGGAGGGGGUUCCGGGGGGAGCGCAAAGUACUCUGGGGGCGGCGGCGGCGGCUCCAGCUGCGGCGGGGUCUCCUCCGGCGGCGGCUACUCCGGCGGCGGCGGCUCCAGCUGCGGCGGGGUCUCCUCCGGCGGCGGCAGCUCAAGCCAGCAGGUCCAGUGCCAGAGCUACGGAGGCGUCUCUAGCGGCGGCUCCGGUUGCGGUGGCGGCUCCUCCGUGGGCUCCUCCGGCUGCGGCAGCUACUCCGGCGGCGGCUCUGUCUGCGGUGGGGGCUCCUCCGGCGGCGGCGGCGGCGGCGGCUCUGGCUACUUCUCCUCGCAGACCACCCAGACUUCGUGCGCACCCCAGCAGAGCUGCGGAGUGGGGUCGUCUGGCGGCGGCGGCUCCUCUGGGGGCGAAGGCGGCUGCUUCUACAGAGGCGGAGGCGGUGGGGGCGUCUGCGGCGGCGGCCACAGCGGAGGCAGCUCUGGGGGCGGCUCUGUCUGCGGAGGUGGCUCCUCCGGCGGCGGCGGCGGCGGCUCUGGCUACUACUCCUCGCAGCAGACCACCCAGACCUCGUGCGCACCCCAGCAGGGCUGCGGAGUGGGGUCGUCCGGCGGCGGCGGCUCCUCUGGGGGCGAAGGCGGCUGCUUCUACAGCGGCGGAGGCGGCGGGGGCGUCUGCGGCGGCGGCUACAGCGGAGGCAGCUCUGGGGGCGGCUCUGUCUGCGGAGGUGGCUCCUCCGGCGGCGGCGGCGGCUCCAGCUGUAGCACCGGCUCCUCCGGGGGUGGCUCCGGGAGUGGCAAGGGCGUCCCUGUCUGCCACCAGACCCAGCAGAAGCAAGCGCCUACUUGGCCAUGCAAAUAAGUCCCCCGGGAUGCCGCGGAGACGAAGGAGUUGGAGAUGUUCUCCGCUGGCUCGGGUGGGCUUAGCGCUCUCAUGAUAUUGCCCAAGGUUUGCAAAUCCUUCACGUUUUAACCCUCCUAGAAAAAGCCAUUGAGUUCUCAGGCUGCAUCUUGUUCUGCAGUUUUUCCUCCUUGGUUUCUAUACAACUAUCUCCCAACCCCAGUGCCUCCUCGGUCAAUAAAUCUGCAAUUCAUGAGAA